CCCCGGCUGCCGCGGCUCAGCUCUCAGAGGGAGUCAAGCGCCAGGCAGCGGUCGCAAGCCAAGCCCCCCCUGCCAGCAUGGCUAGCGAAUUCAAGAAGAAGCUCUUCUGGAGGGCAGUGGUGGCCGAGUUCCUGGCCAUGAUCAUCUUCAUCUGCAUCAGCAUCGGCUCUGCCCUGGGCUUCAAUUACCCGGUGAAGAACAACCAGACGUCAGGUGGGACCCAGGACAACGUGAAGGUGUCCCUGGCCUUCGGGCUGAGCAUCGCCACGCUGGCCCAGAGCGUGGGCCACAUCAGCGGCGCCCACCUCAACCCGGCCGUCACCCUGGGGCUGCUGCUCAGCUGCCAGAUCAGCGUCUUCCGGGCCAUCAUGUACAUGGUCGCCCAGUGCGUGGGGGCCAUCGUCGCCACCGCCAUCCUCUCGGGCAUCACCUCCUCCCUGCCCGACAACUCGCUGGGGCGCAACGGGCUGGCCUCUGGCGUGAACUCAGGCCAGGCCCUGGGCAUCGAGAUCAUCGCCACCCUGCAGCUGGUGCUGUGCGUGCUGGCCACCACCGACCGGAGGCGCCGGGACCUGGGGGGCUCGGCACCCCUCGCCAUAGGCCUCUCUGUGGCCCUGGGACACCUGCUGGCGAUUGACUACACUGGCUGCAGCAUUAACCCUGCCCGGUCCUUCGGCUCCGCAGUGAUCAGUCACAACUUCACGGACCACUGGGUCUUCUGGGUGGGGCCGUUCAUCGGGGCCGCCCUGGCCGUGCUCAUCUACGACUUCAUCCUGGCCCCGCGCAGCAGCGACCUCACGGACCGCCUCAAGGUGUGCACCAGCGGCCAGGUGGAGGAGUACGACCUGGACGGCGACGACAUCAACUCCAGGGUGGAGAUGAAGCCCAAAUAGAGGGGGCCGGGCCUGGGCACCCCCGUGGGGGACAGGGGCAGGGGCAGGGGCGGGCGGAGGGCGGGGAGGGGAGGAGUCCGUAUUGUAGACACUCUGACAAGCUGGCCACCGUCCCUUGUCCAAGGUGCGGAGGGACGCGCGUGGCCAAGCCUGGUUUGGGGCUGUUGCUAUCACUUUCUUUCUCUUUCUCUGUUUCCUGGCCUCGGGGCCUCCUGGAGCCCAAGACGUACCACCCGCCCACUCCCUUGAAGUCACAGAGGAGGUGAAAGAGAGGGACCCGCUCUGCCAAGCUGUCCCCUCAGAGUGGGGCAGGAGGUGUGCCCGAAAACCCCCUCUUCCCGAAGCAGCUCACCAGCUCGCCCGCCGCGGGUGCCGGGGGCUCCACUGUCAGUGUCCCGGGCCUUCGGGCGCGGCCCUUUCUUGUAACGUGCACUUUGCCCCCUAGGGUGCUGUGAGGGAAGGAGACCCCAGGAGGGGCCGGGUUAGGAGCAAGAGGUGACGAGCUUCAUCUGCACAGCCUGGCUUGCUUCUGGGGCCCUCCUCUGGCUGGGCUGCAGAACCCUGGGGUGGUCCCUGUCUCGGGGCCUCAGUGGCCCAUGUCUGUGCAGUGGCAGGGACAGGGAGAGCUCUCGGUGGGCCCGAGGCCCCUCUGUAGGAUCCUGUAAGUGCGGACGCACCGUGGGUCCUGGGAGAUGAGGUCUGGACCAGCGCUGCGUUCUCCCUCCAGGGGCACAGCGGCAGCUGUGCGUCUGGGGAACACGAGGACACACGCACGCAUGCGUGUUUCAAAGCAGCGAGCGACAGUCUGGCCAUCAGAAGCUCCUUCCGCAGUGGCCUGGCCAGACAGGGCCGGCCGCCGCCGAGCAAAGGGCCGCUCAGAGGUCGAAGGAGGAGUACCCGUGUUUCCCCACUGAGUUCCAGUUGGCCCGGCCCACCUGUCCCUGCGUCCUCCUGACCGUUAUUCGGUUCUCCACCCGCUCCCGCCCCUGUCACACGGGAGUGUGCUUAUUAAGGGACAGUUUGUGACCCGAGGCCCGAAGUCUGGGGACAGAUGACCGUGAGGUGGCUCAGCCCACAGAGGCUGAUGCUGUUGCUGGAUCCUCCGGGGGUUCCCAAGUCCCCGGAUGACUCUGAGGUGGGAGGAGGAUCGGAAGCCCCCCUUACUGCUGAGGUCCCGGCUGGAGGUGCUGAGGGCAGCGGGGUGACCUGCACAGGCUCCCCGUGUGACCCAGGCCACCGCCUUCUGUCCUCACUCACCUGGAGGGAGAAUUGGCCUUGGCCUGGUGAAGGGGCUGUGGCUGCAGCCCAGGUGCAGCUCGGAGCACAGGGUCCGUCUCGGGGGCAGCUGCCCGCACAGUCCGUUCAAUUCCACCAGGGCCCGAGCGGGUCCCCCCAUGUGCCCGCGGCCACGGUGGUGGCAGAAAUGGAGACAACACUAAGACAUGUAGAGGCAGGAAGCCCGUGACAGUCACCGACCCAUCACGGCGUGUGCACACUCUCCCCCACUUCCUGAGCAGGGACUUCCAGUCCACUUAAUGGAUAAGGAAACUGAGGCCCAAGGUCCCACAGCUAGAUUGAGAUUUGGCCAGGCUGGGCAGCCAAGGCAUGUCUCUGGCUACUCCCUGGACCACGAGACUGACCCCUCUCACCCCCAGCUUCUCGGUUUCUGCCUGGAGCGCGGCCAGGGCCUCGGAGGGUGGAGGGUCAUGCUGGAGGGGGAGGGGGUGGACCCCCACUCCCUGCCUGGUCUCUGCUGUGCGCACCAGGACCCUGCUUCUGUCUGCGCUUCAUAUAUGUCUCUUUGGAAUCGGAGUUCCAUUCUAUGUUAAGAAAAUAAAGGAAAAUGAUUUCUAAGGUCA